CGGCCACACCGACUUACACUGUUUUCAGCAAAUAAUCAAUAUAAACAUAGGAGUGGUUGUCUUUGCAUCCAAAGUAAAGCUCCGCGUCGCUUUUAGACAGCGAUGAAGCUAUGUGUACGGUAAUCCUCUUUAUUUUUAAAUGAGAAAAAAACUGCUAAUAUGAACUACAAUUAAUCAUGAUUCUUUUUAAGAUCGAUUUGCGUAAUUUUUCGUUUCUUACUUCCGUAUUUCGGAGUUGGUCUAAACUACAUUUCCCAUCAAGCCACUGGAACGCCCUUGCCGUAUCCAGGAAGGUGAGUGAGUGGUUGUCAAGCAAACAGUUGACAGCCCGAGUGGCGGUCCUUGGGUGAAAAACAUGGCUGAAUUAUCUUUUUCAUAAGGCAAAGGUGACUGUGAUGGAUGAAUCAGGCCCCUUCAACCCAGCUCCAGCCAUGGAAGUCUGUGAUGAAGCGGAAGCAACAGUGGAACUCUAUCUGUCCCAGGAGAGGCUGGAAUUACUGUGCGGAACAAAAGAUCUGUCUCAGGUGACUUCACUGGAAAUCUGCGUGGACACUCAAGAAAACAGCCUCGGUAACUUUGGUUCUUACUUGCCCAAGCUGGUGCAGCUCAAAAUGAACAACAGUGUCCUCAUAUCUACACGGAACUUGGGGACCACCUUAUCCCACCUACAUGUUCUCUGGAUGUCUUGUUGCUGCCUGCAAGACUUGGAUGGCAUUUCGACUCUUUCCUCUCUCAGGGAAUUGUACUUAGCCUUUAACAACGUGUCAGACUUGAGUCCGGUUGGCAUGCUGGAGAAUCUACAAGUGUUAGAUCUGGAAGGGAAUGAUGUGAAUGAUCUCAUCCAGGUUCAGUAUCUCAGGUUGUGUGGCAAGCUGCAGACCCUCACCUUGGAGGGAAACCCCGUGUGUCUGCAGCCAAACCCGACUACCACACAAAUCGACUUCAAUUAUCGGGAAACAGUGAGUGAGUUGGUUCCACAGCUGAGUUACCUUGACAAUGCAAGAGUGGAGGAUGGCAGGUUGGGCUCGAGCAGCACCAUGUGGGAAGACUGGGCUAUCCUCCGAAAUUGCCUCAGGCACCUCUCACCGGCAUCGACCGAAGACCAAACGGAAGCAACCGGUGCAUAUUGCUGGCCCAGCUCAUCCAGGCGUCUUACCUCGAGCCUUCGGCCGCCCUCAUCGGCAGGCACAACUGGAUCCAGACCUAUAUCAACAAAUUCAUCUGGGUUUCUUUCCUCUCCACUGCCCACACCUGAUUCUGAAGAUUCAGACUUAACUGAAAUCAACGAAGACAGCAGUGUCCUCACACAUGGAGCUGGUAAGAUUGUGUUUUGUGGAAACCCUGUCAAGGCUAUACGAGCAAGACGUGAAAAGUUGAAGACAGUAUGCUGCAUGUCUGCUUUUACCCCCCUUGACCAGCCCAUUCAUGUACCAGAGCAUAUGCUGAACCCUCCUGACAUUGAUGGGAAGGAGAGCAAUGAUGUGCUUGCUGAAGUGAGAACCUGGAGGGAGGAACACUGCAGGCAUCUCAAAGAAAUACAGAGAGAUAGACUACCACAGGUACUAGUUGUUCAACAUGGCAACGACUAUGAACAGGCCGAUUAUGAUGAAUGGGAAGGAUUUGACACAAUGAGCAGCGAGAAAAGUGAUGAAGAACAUUGUGACCCAAGUCCAUCUAAUUCAUCUCUCGAGUCUAAAUGCACAGACAAGCUUAAACCCAUGUCGGCUGAUGUGGAUCCCGUUUUCUGUGACAACACACAUUUACCUUGCCCUCCUCUAAAUUCCAAAUCAGCCUCUGGUAGGAAGAAGCCCAUAGGAAUCCGUGCACAUAGGAUUCGAAUCAACCCAGCCAAUUCAGAACAAAAGCUUUCCUGCAGCGAAGGAUACAGAGUUGUGAAGGCCACAAGCACUGCACAGACUGACAUGCCAUUCAAGCAGCAGUUGACAAGGAUAAAUAAGCCUUGCCCGACAUCGCCUUUAAGCAUUACCCAUCCAUAUAAAUUAAGUAACCUGGGAGGACAGCACAAGGACUUCUGUUUAGAGAUGGAUGUGUACAGCCUCGCAACAAAAGUGAACUGUCCAAGAUCCUGGAGGGAGCAGCAGCUUCGAGUGCCCUCAGAGUGAGCACAAAUAAAGACUGUCACCAGAAUUAGCAUAAUUAGAAAGUCUGGACGAGAGAGACAUUAUUUAUAUGCUUUAUUGAAACCUUUCCUCACUGGCGACAAUGAAACUUUUUUUUUUGUUUCACUCUUUAGGGCCUACCAUAAAGGUGUAAAAACAAAGACGAAUCACUUUAUUAAUAACUGUCUUUGUAUUUUACCCUGACUUAUUACAGUUGUAUCUCUGAAUAUGACCUCUCAAUAGGAAUGAAUAAUGGCAUAACGCUAACAAAAUGCUGUGCAGCAAUGGCAAAACAGUCGGCUUGCAGUUUUGUUUUGACAAAUUCUACAUAUUUUACUUGAAAUCGUUUUUUGAAUGCAAAUUAUACAUGACAAAAUGUGAAUGAACAAAUCGUGAUUGCAUUUAAACUCAGGUUUAAGGUAAAAAAAAAAAAAAAGUCAAUGUUUUCUACUGGACAUAUGACUCAGGGUGUGAUAGCCUUAUGUGCCACUUGAGGGCACUAAGUCUAAAGGAUACAUUGCAGCAGGCUUGAAGGUAGGAGGUCCUUGUAAUUGAAGUUGUUCAAGCUGCCAGUAGCCAGAACACUUUUUUGUGUAAAUGGCAAUACAAAUGUAUUCCAAGCUAUGCUCAUGGAGAAGAUGUCAUCUUUGGUUAAUGCAAAAGGAGUCAUCUAAGUCUUAUUGCAUGGUUCUGCUAAAGUCUGUAAUGUGCCCACCCAGGGGAAUUGCAAGAGAUGGUCAAGUCAUGUCAAUGCCGUGAAUUCAAAAAUUUUAUUUUCUCUGGCCCCUCUGUCAGUUUUGGCCAUUUAGCAUUUACUUACAGCACACCUGGUUCCACCUGCAGGUAUAGUUUACAGCAGAAAGAUAAUCGAUACUGUACUCUAAAUGGUCAUGUCA